GAGAAGGGGAUGGAGACCGCACUGGGGCCGGACGUGGGCACUGAGAUGGAAAGCCGCUGAGCGCGGAGACCCCCGGGUGCCGGCAGGUGCACUGCGGGGUGCGUGUAUCUGUUUCCUGUAUGGGUGGCCGUGUGGACGUACGUCCGCGCCAGUGUUUGUCCAGGUGUCAGUGCACAUUUGAAUGGCCCAUGUCCUGUGUGUGCUCGUGAGCGUGUAGGUGAUGUGUGUCUGUAUGCAGACCUUGUGACUGUCCUGUGUCCGGGCAGGCCCCGGGUCUUUGCACUGAACCCAGCUUCCGGUUCCGAGGGACCGCGGGUUGCAGGUCUCCGAAUAAGCGAGGCGGUGGCUCCUCCCGCGUCCUGGGCUUUCAAGGACGCUAGGACUCAGCCGCAUCGCGGCCUGAGGCCUUCCACUGGGGAGCGGGGCCGCCAGGAUGGACGUGUUCAUGAAGGGCCUGUCCAUGGCCAAGGAGGGCGUUGUGGCUGCAGCCGAGAAAACCAAGCAGGGGGUCACAGAAGCCGCGGAGAAGACCAAGGAGGGCGUCCUCUACGUCGGAAGCAAGACCAGAGAGGGAGUGGUACAAGGUGUGGCCUCAGUGGCUGAGAAAACCAAGGAGCAGGCAUCACAUCUGGGAGGAGCCGUGUUCUCUGGGGCUGGGAACAUAGCAGCAGCCACUGGCCUGGUGAAGAAGGAGGAGUUCCCCACAGACCUGAAGCCAGAGGAAGUGGCCCAAGAAGCUGCUGAGGAGCCGCUGAUUGAACCCCUAAUGGAGCCUGAAGGGGAGAGUUAUGAGGAAUCACCCCAGGAGGAAUAUCAGGAAUACGAACCAGAGGCGUAAGGGCCCAGGAGGGCCCCCCACCAGCAGCACAAUCCCUAACUUGUCCCUGCCCCGCCCCUCACCCCCAGAGCCAGGGCUGCCCUACUAGCCUGUCCCCCCAAAACACGAGAUCUUCCUUCGGCUCCGAGGCACUUCCCCGGAGUCAGUGUUAGUGUCUGCCCUUCCGUCGUCCUACCUGCCCUGGGGCGUGUCCAGCCCUGGGGCGAGGACUGAAGCCUAGCUGAAGCCUUGGCUGGGAGCCCCGCCCCACCAGUGUAGCCUCUCACCUUCCGUCCCGUUCAGCGUCUACGAGGAUGUAGCAUGUUCUAUGUAUUUUUAAACGAAGAUGGGAAAGCGAUGGCUCCUCUCCCACCCCAACAAAGGCUCUCCGAGGGGCCCCCGGGAAGCCCCACUUCGACUCCCCAAAACAUUUUUUUAACCUAAACCAGGAGCCAGGUCGUGCCAUGCCCCCUCCCUUAGCCCGCCCAGUCCAAGCGCGGGCGUCCUGUGUUGUGAUUGUGGCAUGGAGAGUCCCCCACCCCUCGUGUGAGCGUGUCCUGGGUGGGCGGGCCCGGCCGCCCCCCGUGUGUCCAUGAAUAAAGCCAACCUGUCUGUAGCCGGCGCCGCAUGGCCA